AUGAGCGAAUCGUCUCGUGAGGCUCACAAUACCGAGGCAAGCGGCAGCAACAAUGACGACAGUGACGGCUUGUCCUCCAAGAAAAGAAAGGCCACAAAGAAGCUAGGAAGACCACCGAAGCGUGCAAAGAAAGACGAUUCGACAUCGACCAACACCAAGACCCGGAAGCGCACAGCCAAAGGUAUAUGGGAACAGAUGGAUAACCUCUGGACCGAGAACGACAUACCGAGCGCCGUCAGAGAUUUCCUGAACAAGAUGUAUCCGCUGAAAACACUUCGACAACUCGACGAGAUUAUCCCCAAGAACGUGACCUACGACGAGGACUGGAGCGCCCAGGACGAGCAGAACCUUCAGGCUGCGUAG